AUGAAUCUUAAAAAUUCAGAGUAUAAAAUGAUUUCAAAUCUUGGUUCAAGUUCAGAUCAUAUUGUCUUUAAGGCUUAACAUAAUUUAACUUAAGAUGUAUGUGCUAUAAAGAUUGAAAAAAAGCCAGGAAUUGGAUAGAUAGAGAAUGAAAUUUCAAUCCUUUAAUAAUUAUUUGGAAUAGAAGGAAUACCAAAAUUAAUCCAUAAUGGAAAGACUAAAGAUUUAAAGUAAUUUGAAUAUUAAGAUUAGGAAUUAUCUAAUCAUACCACUAUUAAAGUGUAGUUUAUAAGAUUUAGCAAAAUCUAAUUUACUAUCUCUGAAUAGCAUUCUAGCGAUUGGAUUAAGUUUAAUAAGAACAAUAAAAUAAGUUCAUAAUAGAGGAAUAUUGCAUCUUGAUAUUAAACCAGAAAAUAUAAUGAUAUCAUCAUGUUAAAUAAUUGACUCAGUAGAAUAAAUUCUCACUCCUGGGAAUGUGUAAUUAAUCGAUUUUGGGUUAUCUUAAAAUUUAAGAAAUCCAAAGUUCUUAAAAGAAACCUUUAUUGGGUCUUUAAGAUUUGCUAGUCGUUAAUCUCAUAAUAAAUAACAAUUAGGUUAUAAAGAUGAUAUUGAAAGCCUACUUUAUGUUUUAGCAUAUUUAAGAAAUAGUAAUUAAUAUAUUAACUCUUAGAAAAAUUACCUUGGUAACAAACAUAAUAAUUAGCCUUUUAAUUAAUGGAUAUUAAGAAAAUUGGAAUGAUAAAAGAUCAAGUUUAUGAAACAGCUUUACUUUCUUAAUAAUUUCCACCUUAAUUUUAUCAAUUUUAAUUAUAUAUUGAUACUUUAACACAUUCUACUAUGCCUGAUUAUAAUUACAUUGAAGAAUUAUUCAAAUAAAUGCUAUAAAUAAAUUAAAUUCCAAUAUCACCACGUUUCCCAGAACCGACUGCUUAUUUUCCAAAAUACAAUGAUUUAGAAGAUUAAGAAUACAUCAAAAUGAAUGAAUCAAUCUCAAGUAGAGAUGGUGAUACAAGAGCCAUAAUAGUCUCCGAUUUAAUUAAAGCUUAUACAACUAUAAAAAUUAAAUCCAUAAAAGACAUUCAUUUUAGAAUAACAAUCAAAUAAAUCUACUGA